AUCUCUGGAUUGGAAGCGGAAGGCUGUGAAAACCAGGGAGGAUGCCAGGAGACUCUUCACAGAGUUUCAUUUAGCACCCAUGGGAGAUCACACUGGCAUCCUGAAAACCUGGGCAGCAAUCUCUACCAGGUUUUACUGGAAUGGGAUGUAUAGUGACGUAAAAAAAUGGAUCUUAGAAUGUGACAAGUGCCAAAAAGCGGCAAGACCAUUGAUUGCAGCGAGGGCGUUGAAGCUGAAAAAGGUAAGUACAUAUUAAUACUUAUGCAGAACUAUACAGUAGCUAACAAUAGCGUGAAAUCACAUUAGUGAAAAAAAUAAUAAACCCUACUUUUGUAUUUUUGAAUAUGUUCACAAGAUGUUCAUACUUUCUUUUAAUGUAGUGUUUGGGUUGUGUUGUGUGUCUUAUCAUGACAUAAAAUAUAUUUAGCCUAAACAUUGUGAUAAAGCAAUACUAUAUUUCUUUUUUUUUAAAGUACACCAAUAUGUUACUUAUAUCCCACAGAUAAUGUAUAGUGCACAAUAUAGGUUGUUGCUGGUGUUCAUUUUUAAAAUAAUCUUUUGUUGGACUAUUUAACAUUAAAACGGUUGGUUAUUUUUAAAUGGUUUAUUAAAAUGUGACAGCAUGGUUGUUUUUUUUUUUGUAGAUUUAGAAGUUGCACUUCAUCCCCUUGAUUUUACAGGAAAAAACGUUUUUGUGUGCAGCAUCAUGUGUUGAGAAAGGUAGAUUUACAAUGUAAUUGAACGCACCACAGGCAAAGGAAAAGAGUGGCGGUGAGUUAGCCGUCCAGCUAACGCCAGAGCUAGCGAUGCCUGGUAAAUGUAAAUUCCAGGACGCCUGGCUCACUAAGGCAAUAUAUAAGGACUGGCUGAUGAAAGAUGUGCAAGAUAUUCACUUCGCCAGAUGUAGAGCCUGUUGCAGGUCCAUCAAACUCCAGACCAUGGGCGAGGCUGCGCUCACAAGCCACGCAGGAGGAGCUGGUCAUAAAGCUGCCGUGCGAAAGCUAACGGAAGGCAAUUUUUUUAAAGUUGAAGGGCAGAUAAAUGGCACCAUCGAUCAGAAUGAAGAGAACCAGGAGCAAGUGGGCAUCAGCUUCCAGCGUGAAGCUCUAGAUAGAAUAACAGGCGGUGACUGGUCAAAUGUGCUCCACAGCCCUUCUACAACGUCUGUAUCCCAUAAUGCAGAGCUACAGGAAUUAGGGAUUCCAUCUGUCUACUACACUGCGCCAGGCACCUCAAGGCUCAUCGCUCAACGUCUGCAGUCGCCGGUCAGUGCGACAGUCGAGGCUGGAGGCCCACGUUUGCUCCAAAAUGACUCCAUAGACCUGGCACGACUGGAGCAGCAGCAGAAAAUAGACACUUUGGAGCAGGAGCACCAGAUGAAGCUCCUGGAGUGGGAAAACAGGAUGAAGGUGCUGGCGUGUGAGCAGGAGCUGGUGAGGGAGAGGAAGAGAGCAGCACAGCAAAAACAAAAGGCCUUCAGGAUGAAAAAGGCAUAUUACAAAGCCAAGUUAAAGAGACUGGGCGAGGAUGUGUCUGCUUCCUCCUCCAGCAGUGCAGACGAAGGAGAGAAAGACGUCUGAUUGGACAGAGUGGACUGUUGUUUAUAUCAGUGCUUAUUUUACUCGUGUAUUCAUUGAAUGUCCAGAACUAGGGAACUGUCAAUAUUUUUAUAUUUUUAUGUAUGUCAUUUUGCUUUGAAAUAUAUUGGUUGAGCUGUUUUUACAAAAAGUUCUAAAAUCAACUAUACCAAAAAAUGUAUGUAGUGCAGAGUAGAAAAGGUGGAUACGGGAUUUUUUCCUUAUGAUCGAAAUAGUAAAGUGAUUCCCUCUCCAA